ACGGCGAGUGAUAGAGUAUAAGACGCCGCAAUAUCUCCGUCAGAGUUCUGCUGGUAGAACAUAACCUCAAUAGCGAGAAUUUGCCACAGAUUUAAAUAAGAUUAUUAACACGCGAGGUGAAUUUACUAUGCAAGAAUGGCACGUUUGUUCAAUAGAUUGACAAUCCGCGAGCUCGCAAAGAUGCAAGUUGUCAGAUACUCUAAUAAUCCGAAUCACUGGUCUAUGAUUAAAAAGAAGAAAACAUCCAUGGCCAAUGCUCUGAAACAUUUUGAUGAGUUUUAUGGUAAUGUCUAUGGAAAAUCAUGGGAAGAUAUAAGAACUGCAUUAUUGAUGGAAACGCACAAAUAUAUGGCUAUUGUGAAUAGUUUUAGCGAUAUAGACAGAAUAAAAUCAGAGUUGGAGACCCAUGGUGCCAUGAAUUUAAAAACAAUCUACGAAACUUAUAAGGAAGAGCUUGAUGCAAAUCCAUACAAAUCUAAUAAAAAAAAGAGAAAGAAAAAGCAAGCAAGAGAUCGGCAGGUAGAAUCUGCAAUUAGUGAUGCUCAGAUAUCAACGAUACAGUCACAUUAUCCAACAGAUUAUACAUCACCACCUGUGUCUCUAAAUACAAUGAAUGAAAAUGAAGAUACAGUGGUGGAAAGUCAAGCAUUACAGCCAGUAGAAAUAAAAUCUAUUGAGUCAAACUUGAACGAAAUCAUGAUCGAUGAAAAUCGAAUUGUACAUCCCAAUGCUAGCUUAAGUGAACUAUAUGAAUUUAUACCAGCCACGAAAAUUAAAGGUAUGAAUGACUGGAUAUUAGAGUCGCAACACUAUGGCUAUUACAAAGAGGGCGCGGAUUUCUCGAUAAAAGUUGAGAAAGAAGCAAUAUUAACGUUUCCACAGUAUCUCAACAUUUAUACAUUUGAGGAAGACAACGAUAGUGAUUUUCCAUCCCCAAAGAAAGGAUCUACAGGAGUUUUAGAUUAUUAUCUUCUGGAUGGUGCUUCUGUAUUGCCGACAUUGGCCUUGGACUUGCAGCCAGGCGACGUCAUACUAGACAUGUGCGCAGCACCAGGGGGAAAAGCUUUAAGUAUUCUUCAGACGCUCAUGCCACGUAUGAUAGUUGCUAAUGAUGUUUCUAAGUCCAGAGUAAAAAGGAUCCACAAUGUCAUAAAUCAGUACGUAGCUGGUAUUGGUCAAUGGCAGGACAGAUUAUAUGUGACGGAGCGAGACGCGAGAUUCAUCGAUGACAAAGAUGUAUAUAACAAGAUCUUGGUGGAUGUACCAUGUACCACAGACAGACAUGUCUUACAUUCAGAAGAUAACAGUAUCUUUAAAUCACAGAGGAUUCGAGAGAGAUUACAAAUACCGGAGCUACAAGCGGAUAUUCUAACUAACGCCUUAAAAAUAAUAUCAGUUGGUGGAACAGUAGUGUAUUCUACCUGUUCCCUCAGUCCUAUUCAAAACGACGGUGUCGUCGGUAUGGCGUUAAAAAAGGCCUGGGAAGACACCAAUUCUAUUAUGGUCAUAAAAGAUAUGAAUGAAGCAUUAAAGCCAUUGAGGUGCCUUUACAAAUUCCGUGAUUUUGCGUUAAAAUACGGCCACAUUGUUACUCCUACGCUCGGUAACAAUUGGGGUCCCAUGUACUUUUGUAAAAUAGUACGGAUACGAUAGUGACAAGGGUUGCUCGUUGCCGCUCCCAAAAAUAGUGUAAACCAGUAUCUCGAUUACAUAUAGAAUAAUCGUUACAAGGAAUACAAUUCUCCAUGCCUCAAUGGUUUGCUGUAAAUAAUAAAAUAAAAUUAGGAUAUAAUCACUUCUACUCUGUGAAAUUAGACAUUGUUUUUAUUUUUGCUCACAUUUCCGUGAGUUAAUUGUCCUACGAAGACCGGUACAACAAAGCCGGGUAUAGUGGCGACGAAGUUUGUCAUUGCCAUCAGACUACCGGCAAAGUUGGGUGCGAUAUCUAUGUGGUUUGCCAAGAAACCGCAAUACAUUCCACCGAUGCAGGCCACUCCGAUUGUCAUUAACAAAACUGCCCGAAUGCGAUUGCACCCGAUAUAUGACACUUGUAUCAAGCAGAGCAUUGGUAUGAGAGACGCUGUAAUAGUGUACAAUUGUAAUAAAAUUACAUAUAAUUA